AUGGAUGAAAAGACAUGGAACGAAAUUUAAAAGGAAGAGGAGAAAUAAAAAGAUCUCUAUGAAUAUCAAAAUAGAUAUAGCCCUCAAAAGAGGAAUCAAAGUAUUGAUGAGAUUGACUAGGAUCAGAUAAAAAGUCCAAAUAGACAUUUCAGAAAUUCUGAAUAAAAAGAAGACGUCUUUGAAAGGCAAAACAGCAUAGCUAAUGAAAAAAAUGAUGAGGAGCCUAAUGAUCGAAAGAAUAAUAAUUCCUAUCAAUUUUUUAGAAAUGAUCAAUUAGAUGAAUUCUCAGAUGACUGCAUUACUACCAAUACUAAAAUGAUUCUAGAUAUAAAAGGCAUUGGAAUCUCAUUAGUAGACUUCUAGCCUAGAGAACUCUGCUACUUAAGCAUUUAUAAGCCUAAAAUGAUAUAGAAAGUUCGAUACUUCAAAAAUAAAUACGGCCUUGAGUAAACUCGAAGAGAGGUUAAGUUCAGUCUUGUGAAUAUGCAAAUAGAUAAUAUGACAGCGAGAUCCUUUCCAGUGAUUCUUGGGCCUAGAAAAGCGUUUAAUUUCUAAUAAAGCUUACUUAAAGACACGAUGGUGAAUUUCGAUAGGGAGAAGCAGAAAUUCCUGCAAAUCUACCUUGAUCAUGAAAUAUUAAAUGAUAAGAGUAUCACGAACUAGAAAGUAUAUGAGUUCAGUAUGGCUGUGACAGAGAUAACAGUGAACUUUCAUUAGUACUUCCUCAACCAAAUGACGUCCUUUAUUAAUUCUCUAACUUAGUUGGUCUCAGACGAAGACAUGACUUAGUUUGCUAACUCUGAUACGAUGAAGAACUAUCAAAGACUUUAUGAAAUCGUAUUGGAUUAAAAUCAGAACGUCCAAAUAUUUUAGGAUGGAAGGAUUGGAGGAGCUGAAACGGAUGAAAUUUUAUUUGAAAGAGAUGCAUUAUAAGAGAAUCUAGAGGAGCUAGCCACUGGCCAAUAAAUUAGAAGGAGACCGACAUUUAAGUAAACGAAGGAAGAGAAAAAGAAAGAGAGCGAGAAGAAAUUUCUUACCAGAGAUAAGGUGUGUCCCUUUAUCAAAGCUGAUCCAAUCAUGUUUAGUGAGUAAAAGGGACUGGUUUCCAGCAAGAUUCUAGUUCAGAAAAUAGUAAUCAAGGCUAUGAGGAUAUAUCUAACAUUUAGGGUAUCGAAAAUUCAAGCAUCUGGUACUGAGGGUAUGUCAAAUGGGAUUAUCAACUUUUUCAUGAAUUUCGCUAAUGUCUCUGAUGCAUAAUUAUACUUCAGUGAAAUAGAGAUAAAUGAUGCAUACACUAAUAUCGAUGACUUUCAGAAGAGACUUACAAAGCAUUAUGUGAAGCAAGGGUUGGAGUAAAUCUAUUAGGUGUUUGGUGCAACUGAUAUUAUUGGAAAUCCAGUCAGUCUAAUAAACAAUUUAGGAAGAGGAGUUGAGCUACUUUAUUCAGAGCCUUUCUAAGGAGUAUUAUAGGGGAGUGCUAAACAAGCUAUGAAAGGUAUAACUAAAGGAAUCAAAAGCUUUGCCUCUAACACAGCAAUAGGAGUUUCGAAUUCUGUGUCCAAGAUGACAGGAACAUGGUAUAUGUCUAUUUCAAAUCUCUCGGGAAGGUAAAUAUCAGAAUCUAAUCUAGAUGAUCCUCACAGUAUUUAAAGUGGAGUAUAUCAAGGUGGAAAAGGAUUUGCCAUAGAAUUCGGUAAAGGAUUUGCUGGUGUGGUUACUACUCCAAUUAAUAGAGUUAGAGAAGAGGGUAAAGGCUGCAAGUAAGUCUCAAAAGGCGCAGUAUAAGGUUUAUUUGGGCUUAUUGUGUCUCCUGUAAGUGGAAUCUUAAAAUUUGUUCACUCUACUUCAACUGGGAUUAGAAAUCAUGCACAGGGACAUGAAGACUUCAGAUACAAAAGAUUUAGAUUCCCAAGGUUCUUUGAUGAGAUGUAGAUUAUGAAGAAUUAUGAGCCGAUCUCUUCUCAUGCCUUUGCUGCUAUUAAUACCUGUAACAAUGGAGUGUUCAAGAAUGAGAACAUACAUAUAUGUCAAGAUGUUUCAGAUAAGAUGGGCUCAGAAGAAUAAUCUAGAUUCAAAGAAAGGAUAUUGAUAUGCACAGAUGAGAGAAUUCUUUAUAUUUAAAACCUCUAUCAGCUUAAGCUUCACAUAUUGAUAAAGGAAAUAAGAGACAUAACCAUCAGACAUUAUAGAAUACCCAAGAAAAAAUCAUUUUGGAAAAAAAAGAAAGAGUAUCAAAAAGGUGAUAACAAUUAUGGUUAGCAUGAAGCCCCCAAGAAAAUUGAUAAUGCCUUGAUAUAGCAAUAAAACAAUUAGAAUUUGCUUUUAAACUAAAAUCUGAUAGAAGAAAUAGUCGAUGAAUGUGAGGUCAAGUUUAUUCUGAAAUCAGGAAAAGCUAGAAAAAUUAUCAGCCAGCAGAUUAUUAAUUGCGAGUAGUUUAUUACAGAAGUAUCAAAUAGACUUGCCCAUAUAAAAGACGAAUAGGAAUAUAUUUCAAAAUAGCAAAGUGCAGUCAAAGUUUAACCAAUUAUAUACAUUUCCUCAUUUAGAAACGACUAGUAAGUCCCAAUUUUUGAGAAUUAACUAUGA